UCUAAAAAUAAUCUGUAACAUGAAUUCUCUGUUAGUAAAAGGGUUACCCAUAGAAGAAACACUCACAGCUUCAAGUCUCUUCUCCACAGUUUAGGAUCUCCAUCAAGUCUCAACUAUUACUGCUUCACUAUAAUGAAGAAUCUUUCACUUUCUGAAGCUUCAGCAACCUCUGAUAAGCCAACAACACAAUUUGCAGCAGAAUGUUGGUUUGAUGAUGCUUGUAUCCUUGACAUGGACUACUUUGUGAAGACGCUUACCGGCAUCAAGGCCAAAGGAGUUCGUCCAGACCUCAUUGGUUCAAUCAUAGUUCAUUAUGCUUCUAAGUGGCUCCCAGACCUAUCUGUUGAUGAUGCCGAUAAGAGUCUAUCGAGCUUCAAGGAUUCACCAGAGAGUGUCACAGCCUCAUGGAUGAAGAAAAGGUUCUGUGUAGAGACUCUUGUGGGAAUUCUUCCUCCAGAGAAGGAUUCUGUCCCCUGCAAUUUCCUCCUACGACUUCUACGCAUAGCUAACAUGGUCAGUGUUGAGCCAGCUUAUCGAGCAGAGCUUGAGAAACGGAUUUCAUGGCAGCUUGACCAAGCCUCAUUAAAAGAGCUGCUUAUACCAGCCUUCAGUCACACCUGUGGAACACUUCUGGAUGUCGAACUUGUUCUUCGUUUAGUUAAGAGGUUCAACAUGGAUGAAGCUAGUAAGAGUGGAGCUGCUCUUGUCAAAGUUGCCAAACUUGUUGAUUGCUACCUCGCAGAAGCUGCUGUUGAUGCCAAUUUGACGUUAUCAGAGUUUGUAGCCCUUGCUGGAGCUCUCCCCAGCCAUGCUCGUGCAACGGAUGAUGGACUGUAUCGAGCCGUUGAUACCUAUAUCAAAGCACACCCAGGGGUGCCGAAGGAAGGAAGGAAGAUUCUCUGUAGAUUGAUUGAUAACCAGAAACUCACACCAGAGGCAUCCCUCCAUGCAGCACAGAAUGAACGUUUACCUGUCCGUGCCAUAAUCCAAGUGCUAUUUUCUGAACAUGCAAAGCUGAAUCGUCAUGUCGAUUGGAGUGGAUACUUGAGUGGAGUCCGAAGCCCAAACAUUGGAAUUGAGACUUCAGGGCGCUUCCCAUCAAAGCGUGAAGUGUCAGCACAGCAGAUGGAGAUAAGAAAGUUGCGAGAAGACGUUCUCAAGCUUCAGAACCAAUGUAAUUCCUUGCAAGCACAGUUAGAAAGGAUGGUAGAGAAGAGGAAGGGCUUCUGGCGUAAGCUACGAGUACCUGUAAUCAAAUCUGGUAUCAUGAUAGACGGAAUUAAGGAGAGUAAGGAAGAGGGAGAGCUACUCCAUGGGCUGCGAACACCGAUAGAUAUGAAAACAAAGCUGGUGCAAGGUCGAAUGACACCCAGGUGGAGAAAAUCCAUGUCUUGAAAGAUUUGACAAAGCUAAUGUUGUUUUUGUGUUAUUUUCUAGUUAUGUCCCUCAUACUAAGCUCUGAGUUCUUUGACGUUUUUUUUAAUGAAGCUCUGUGAUUUGAUCAAUGAGAUGGGUUGCUUUACUGCAGU